CUCUCCGCUCAGCCCCGCCCUUUUCUCUUGGAUCCUGCGAAAGGACUUGGGCCCGCAGCCUGGGAGGGAGGGGAGGGCUGGACAAGACUCGAGCUGUGGGGCGGAGCCGGGAGGCGUCUGUCUUACUUCCAGCUCCGCAAUCUCUACCCGGGUGGGGCGGGCCGACCCUGCAAGUGGCUGGGCCCUGUUUUGCAUAGCAAUGUCCAGUGCAGGCAGGCGUUUAAAGGCUCCGCACCAAAGACCGGGCAUUUGGCGCUGCGCGGAACCAUCCUUCGCGAUGCACUCUCUGAUGCAGGCUGCGCUCCUGAUCGCCCUGGGCUUGCUUCUCACCGACCCCGCGGUCUCCGUGCUCCAUCACCAGAACCAACCCAGCCGCUUUUCCUGGGAUAACUGUGAUGAAGGCAAGGACCCCGUGGUGAUCAAAAGCCUGACGCUGGAGCCUGACCCCAUUGUCAUUCCUGGGAAUGUGACCAUCAGCAUUGAAGGCAGGACCAGCGUACCGCUUAAGUCUCCUCAGAAGGUGACAUUGACUGUGGAGAAGGAAGUGGCAGGCUUCUGGAUCAAGGUCCCCUGUGUGGAGCAGGUGGGCAGCUGUACCUAUGAUGACAUCUGCAAUAUGCUGGAUACGCUCAUUCCCCCUGGGCAGUUAUGCCCAGAGCCCCUGCACACCUAUGGGCUUCCUUGCCACUGCCCCUUCAAAGAAGGCACCUACUCCCUGCCAGUGAGUGAGUUCACUGUGCCUGACCUGGAGCUGCCCAGCUGGCUCAGCAGUGGCAACUACCGCAUCCAAGGCAUCCUGAGCAGCGGUGGGGAGCAUCUGGCCUGCGUCAAGGUCUCCGCCUCCAUCAAGGGCAAAUAGUGUAGCACAGCCACAAUGCACGGAAAAGGCUGAGGAAGGGGGGUCUCUCUUCCUCAGUCUCGUGUUUGCCAAGCCUGUUUUCCAACUCUCUGCCCUGUUUUGAAGCCCUUUUCUGCAGUGAUUGCACUCCCCUCAUUGAAAAUCAUGUUAUGCUACUUAAAAGUGGCACAGGCCACCCUGACCAGAGGAGGACACGAUGGGUCAUUCAUUCUUGGUCACCCAGAACAUCUAUGGGGCUGGUUGCUUCAGGGUUCUGCCCCUGUGGCUUUCUAAAAGCCUCUUCCAUUUCCAAAGCAGUCACGAGCUGGGAACUCAAGUGUCUAAGGAAACACAAGUUCACACUGACCCAGCGUUGGCCUCCUGAAAUAACUUCAUGACUUUUUUUUUUUUUGAGUCACUAACUUUACAGCAGAGAGCACAUAUUAGCAUUUUGCAUUCUACUCUAAACCAGUCUUACAAUCGAGAUACUAAAGUAAUUCAUCUUAGUUUAUUGCUCACUUACUUUCUGUGAUUAAUAUCUUUCCGAUUUUGUCCAGUUAACACUGGGUGUGGUGUCUGCUGGAGAGGCAGGGCAUGUGUGGU